ACCGCCCAUGCGCAGAAAGAGCGGGCAACAGUGACUGAGAAAAACAACAACAAUCGUUGGAACAAGGGAAGAGACGAGCGAGAUGGCUCCAUGAAUACAGGCAAAACUUCAUUCUUACCCAGUUACUAUCCACAACCUACCCGACUGCUGCUUUCUCCCGAGGCUUGAUUAGAUGGUGCCGGGCCCAUGAACUUGGCUAGUCAGAGCGGGGAGGCCGGCUGUAGCCAGCUCCUCUUUGCCAACUUUAACCAGGACAACACGUCUUUAGCUGUUGGAACCAAAUCAGGCUACAAGUUCUUCUCUCUAUCGUCUGUGGACAAGUUGGAGCAGAUUUAUGAAUGUACGGACACGGAGGAUGUGUGUAUUGUAGAGCGUCUGUUCAGCAGUAGUCUGGUGGCCAUCGUCAGUCUGAAGGCUCCCAGGAAGCUGAAGGUCUGUCACUUCAAGAAGGGAACAGAGAUCUGCAACUACAGUUACAGCAACACGAUACUGGCUGUCAAGCUCAACAGACAGAGGCUGAUAGUAUGUCUGGAGGAGUCUCUUUACGUCCACAACAUCAGAGACAUGAAGGUCCUGCACACCAUCAGAGAGACGCCUCCCAACCCCUCAGGGUUGUGUGCGCUCUCCAUCAGUAAUGACAACUGUUACCUGGCCUACCCCGGCAGCGCUACCAUCGGAGAGGUCCAGGUGUUCGACACGGUGAACCUGAGGGCCGCCAACAUGAUCCCAGCCCAUGACAGUCCGUUAGCAGCUCUGGUGUUUGAUGCUAGCGGAACCAAACUGGCCACAGCCUCGGAGAAGGGUACGGUGAUUCGUGUGUUCUCCAUCCCUGAGGGACAGAAACUGUUUGAGUUCCGUCGAGGAGUCAAAAGGUGUGUGUCUAUCUGUUCCCUGGCCUUCAGUAUGGAAGGUCUCUACCUGUCAGCAUCCAGCAACACUGAGACGGUCCACAUCUUCAAACUGGAGAUUCAGAAAGAGAAGCCUGCGGAGGAGCCCACUACAUGGGGUGGUUACUUUGGGAAGGUGCUGAUGGCAUCCACCACCUACCUGCCCUCUCAGGUGACAGAGAUGUUCACUCAGGGACGAGCCUUCGCCACCGUACGACUGCCCUUCUCUGGACACAAGAACAUCUGCGCUCUGGCCCUGAUCCAGAAGAUUCCUCGUCUCCUGGUCGCAGCAGCUGAUGGAUAUCUGUACCUCUAUAACCUGGAUCCACAGGAGGGAGGAGAGUGCUCACUGAUGAAACAACACAGGUUAGACGGCGGUGCUGAGCCGCCCAAUGAGAUCCUGGAACAGGGGUCACAUGACCGACCCCUUACCACACAGACCUACAACACUGCUGGGAUGAAAG